UGUAACCUAAUACUUAAAUGAAUGAUUUCAUAAUGGAUUUUAGGACAGUGUAUUAUUGUCAAAUUGCUUUUAAACAUAUAUGGCCAACAGUAAACCCUCACAUUAUUAUCUCAGUAAAAUGUGAUUCUUGGCUUAUACAGCCCACUACCCUGACCCCACCCAUAGCUGUCUCUAGGGAGGAGCGUCCCGAUCCUUUUAAAAACGCUGCUCAAACUAACACCAAGUGUAUAUGAUUCGUUAGCCUCUGUGAAAGAAACUUCAACAGCCAGCAACAUGGUUCAGUGGACAGAUUUUGAGCGCGCCACCAUCCAGAGCGUCUUCGAGAAGAUGGACUACGAUGACGUAGGCCCCGCGGCUCUUUCCAGGUGUCUUGUCGUGUACCCCUGGACCCAGAGGUAUUUUGGUAACUUCGGAAACCUGUACAACGCCGCUGCCAUCCAGGGAAACCCAAUGGUCGCCGCUCACGGGAAGACCGUCCUGCACGGUCUGGACCGGGCUGUCAAGAACAUGGAUGACAUCAAGGCCACCUACGCAGAGCUGAGCGUGCUGCACUCCGAGAAACUGCGCGUGGAUCCCGACAACUUCCGGCUGCUGGCUGACUGCCUUACUAUUGUCGUUGCUGCGAGAAUGGGUGCUGACUUCACCGCUGACGUCCAGGGUGCUUUCCAGAAGUUCCUAGCCAUCGUGGUGAGCUCCCUGGGCAAACAGUACCACUAGAGCAAACAGUACCACUAGAACCCCACCACUCAGAGACGGACGACCAUCAGAGAACAAACAAGCGCUGAUGAUUUGUUUAGAGGCACAUGUUGUUCCUUCUACUAAAGCAAAUAAAAUCAGCGAAUUAA